ACAGUCACAUCCGGGGCCCAGAGGAAUCUCGAGCGAGCUGGGCGUGCGCCCUUGCUUCGUGCCCUCAACCCGCAUGGCGGAGCCACCGGCGCGCCGCGGCGAGGCCGGGCGAGUCGGACGGUUCCGGCGCCCUCUCUGAGCCGCGGGGGAGGGGCGGGGGACGCCUGUGCGGCCGGUGUGUCUGCCCUCAGUGAGGCGGGGCGCGAGUGGUGGAGGCGCCGGCGGUUGGCACUGAAAGGGGCGGUGAGCUAGCUACUCGGUUCUCAAGGCGAGGCUCGGCCUCCGGAGCAGAGACGGGGGGAAGCGGUGGCGGCGGCGGCGGCCCUCGGGCCGGCUGGUGAGGUGAUGGCGGCUCCGGCCCCGGGGGCUGGGGCAGCCUCCGGCGGCGCUGGCUGUAGCGGCGGCGCGGGCUCCGGCUCCGGCUCCGGCUCUGGGUCCGCGGGGGCCGGGGGCCGGCUGCCAAGCCGGGUGCUGGAGUUGGUGUUCUCCUACCUGGAGCUGUCCGAGCUGCGGAGCUGCGCCCUAGUGUGCAAGCACUGGUACCGCUGCCUGCACGGCGAUGAGAACAGCGAGGUGUGGCGGAGCCUGUGCGCCCGCAGCCUGGCAGAAGAGGCUCUGCGCACGGACAUCCUCUGCAACCUGCCCAGCUACAAGGCCAAGGUACGUGCUUUCCAACAUGCCUUCAGCACUAAUGACUGCUCCAGGAAUGUCUACAUUAAGAAGAAUGGCUUUACUUUACAUCGAAACCCCAUCGCUCAGAGCACUGAUGGUGCAAGGACCAAGAUUGGUUUCAGUGAGGGCCGCCAUGCAUGGGAAGUGUGGUGGGAGGGCCCCCUGGGCACUGUGGCAGUGAUUGGAAUUGCCACAAAACGAGCCCCCAUGCAGUGCCAAGGUUAUGUGGCAUUGCUAGGCAGUGACGACCAGAGUUGGGGCUGGAAUCUGGUGGACAAUAAUCUACUACAUAAUGGGGAAGUCAAUGGCAGUUUUCCACAGUGCAACAAUGCACCAAAAUAUCAGAUAGGAGAAAGAAUUCGAGUCAUCUUGGACAUGGAAGAUAAGACUUUAGCUUUUGAACGUGGAUAUGAGUUCCUGGGGGUUGCCUUUAGAGGACUUCCAAAGGUUUGCUUAUAUCCAGCAGUUUCUGCUGUAUAUGGCAACACAGAAGUGACUUUGGUUUACCUUGGAAAACCUUUGGAUGGAUGACAGUGGCUUUCUUGGGAUGAAUGACAGAGUGAAGGAGAGAUCUGCUUGUGGAAAGUAGAAUCAUGAAGUGACAGUGUCAUAUGUGCAUGUCCAAGAAACAUCCUGAAAAACACCUGAAGUUGUAAACUGGAGCAGCAACUCUACAGCAGAGAUUAUCUUAGUGUUUUCUCUUUCUACUGAGUCAGAAAAAUCCUCAGGGUUGCAUUGGUUGAGUGGGCAGUUGACAUGUGCAUAUUGCAGCAGAUUUUGUCUCUAAGUUAGCAAUGUGUUAUUUCCAACUUAAAAGGUGAGAUUUUAGAGAUGCUGUAAAAGGGAUAAGAGAAGCAAAUAGUGAGAUUUUUUAAGUACUGUGUUUGUGAAGAGAGAUUGAUCCCAUCAUACAACUGCCUGUUCUUUCUCCAGUCCCUUUUUUUCCCAGCCAGCUUGACUAUUAGAAAAGUAUGAAACUGGUUGGGGUUUAUUUAAUAUUUUUAAUAUAUUGAGAAGCAUGGUCUGCCUGGACUGCACUUCUCUAACAGUGAGAUGUAAAAUUGUGCAGCUAUUUUAAAAGUUGUAUAUACAAUGUGUGUAAAAAAACUGAAAAAAAAAAGACAAAGCGUUUGCUUUGUUCUAGUUCAAUUUCUUAAAAACCACUACAUGGUACAAAAUUAGAAUUACAUUUGGGGACAAUUGGGUAACUACAAAGAAGAGGAGAUGAGUUAUACUGGCUCAUUUUGUAUUAUUUUUGGCUUACAGUUCCCAUAGCUGUUACAGUCUGUUGUUGGUUUUUGGUUUUUUUCUGGGGUUUUUUUUUAUUGCUUUUUUCUGACCAAAAUUAUAGUAAAGAUCCCUCAGUCUCCUGGCUAAAGAUUGGGGGAAGGAAAAUCUGUUUCUAGUUAUACAUAUAUCAAUAAGGGUCAUCUAAACAUAAUGUAAUGUGCAUCUUUUGGUAUCUGGUUUUAUUUUUUGGCCUUCUGAGAAAGUGUCUCGUAACACAGAAAAUUGCCAUUUGCUCUUAUAAGCCUCAAAUAUGAAAGCUAUUAGUCAUGGACUCCAGGAAAAGAAUUGAUUAAUGGUCCUUUUAUUUAGUAACUUUAUAAUGCUAUAGAUAUUAUCAAAAAAAUUUUUAAUUUCAUAUUGUUUACAUCACACAACAAUCUAAGCCUCUAGCUCUUCACUGGGGCUAUCAAAAUGUUUACUCACCCACCUGAAACAGGUUAAGAUAUUCUUAAUCUUAUUAUAGAUAAUUGCCCCCAUGGGACUUGAAAAUAACACCUUGUGCUGAAAACUUCAGGUUGGCAAUAUUUUGAAGGUUUUAUUGUAGAAGAGUUUAACAUGAAUUCCUAUUUUGACUGAUAAAUCUUAUUUCUCUUUACUGAUACUCUUUUAAAUUAAUACUCCAACACACGAGGUGAUAUUUCCUUUUGUUAGAAGAGAAACAAACUCAUCUUUCUACAUGAAAGUAUAAAUUGUAUGGUUUCGGAUACGUAAGAAUCAACGAAGGCAGGUGAAAUCAUUGUACUUUUUAGGUUAUUGCUAUUUUUUUUUUAAAUCUAAUAAAAUUAGGGACAGCAAGCAGCUGGCUGGGUUUCUUGGGUUGUUCCUUGAGAGUUAAAAUUAUUAAUACUCCUAUGAAGCAGGGGAUUUCAGCCAUAGAACAAAGAUUUAGUGUUGCCACCUGAAAAGUUUACAAAUAUUUAUUGUGUAUUUGAUAUGUUGCUUGAAAAGGUGAAAUUUGUUAAGGAUUUUUUCUAUAUCCAUGUCAAAAAAAUUUCCUUGUACAGAAUAAAAUUAUAUAUUAAAUGUAUUAGAGAAUAUAGCUGAUACAGAAAUUGAAUUUUCUUGGUAUAGAGCAACUUGAUUUGGCAAAGUUUAAAAUUUGGUUAAAGGCGAAAACUGGAUCUGGAUGAUAAAGUCCUUUAAGUACUUGUUCAGAUUGUUAUAUGGCCAAUUCCAAGAGCCUUUGCUGAGAGUUUUGUUUAUAACUUCUGUUUUUGUCUUGUCAGUAAACAUUCAUUUGCAACAAAGUUUUGAAGGUGCUGAUUGGAAAACAGAAACACAUUAUUACCCAUUAAACCUGGAAUCAAAUAUUGCCGAAAUAUUUAAUGACAAGCCAUUCUGAUCUCAAAGAUUUAAGUUCUCUAAUAUCCCAUUUGCAAACUUUGUAAAAUGGAGGUUCAUGGUUAGCAUGAGUAUCUGGGGAAUGAAGAGCCUUCAUUUAUAACCUGAUAAAUUUGUUACUAGAGACCAAUAGUAGUGUACAGAAUAUUAAAACAAACUGCUACAUUGUUCAAGGAAA